GGUGUUUGAAGGAGUUCUCCAGCUUCUUGGCGAAGAAAAUGAACUUAUUGUUACUCCAGUCCAGUCUUUUCAUCUCUAUUGCGUUUGCAAUGAACACUGCAUCCAGACACCUGUUUUCACGGGUCAUCACUCUUGACAACCUGGAGGCAGACGAAGUCAAGGUGACCACGAGUCAGUCUGGAAGCUUACAGGACUGUGUGGGCCUCUGUGCACGGGACGCCCUCUGUGUGGCGGCAACACAGUAUCAGGACCAGUGCUUCACCUACAGAUCAUCAGUGUCAUCAUCUGGGAAGACAAUCGCGACGGCCAGAACCUUCAUUAAAUAUUCGGCUCUACCAUCCCCAGACCCAUGUCCCGUGUCUCAGGGGUACACAUCAGUCCUGUCUCCACGCCUGUGUUACAAAACAGGUGCCGUCACAAUGAACUGGACAGACGGUCAAGUACUGUGUCAGAGUGAGGGUGGCCGCCUGAUCAUCCUCAACACAGAAGACAAAUACGACUACGUGGUUUCAGAUACCAAGCUUUGGUCAUGGAUUGGUCUGGAGGUGUGGAAUGAAACCUCUUACGCCUGGACGGAUGGUUCAACGUAUGUCAAGGAAGAAGCCAAACAUCCCGAUAAGUUCUACAGAGGGUACAAUGGAUGUGGAUUCCUUACGCCUGGGGACAUACGUACCUUUGGAUGUCACAAACUGAAGAACCCCUUGUGUGAGAUUGUGGUAUAAGAUCCAACAAUAUCAGGAUAAUAUUCAUAUAUUACUGUAUAUUUUCUUUCAGAUUGUUAUUGUUGGAACCCAAUACAUUCCCAAACAUUGUUUCGGCAUUGUCUCGAGGCCCCGAUAACCUUCGUUUGAUGUUAAAAGGGCAUGGAGUAUAACCUGAAUGUAGCCGUGUAACUUUGUGUGUGAACAACAGUCUGUUUUGAAUGUGGUCUG